AAAGGAGAGGCAACACCGAUCCCAGACCAGCCUACCUCGCCGCCUUGUCUGGGUCGGACACGUCCAAUAGCAGUCGCCCAAACCGACCGCGGACCAGCCCACUCACCCUGGGAGUGAGACGGGAGGGAGGCAGGCUGGAGCCACAUCCACAUCCACAUCCACACAGCAGCCCGCGGCGUGAUAAGGACGGAGCCGAAUCAAGUCAGGACUGGCAGGAACCGAACAAAAGCUUGCUUGACAAAGCUCCGAGGAAAAGAAGACGGCGCCGCGUCACGUUAGUUGUGGCCAAUUCCCAACAUUCCCCCCCGACAUUGGUAGCGAAAGCGCGCGGUCCUCGAGCACAUUUAUAUACUGGAGAGCUAGCGGAAUGUCAGCUAGCUAAGCUAAUUAGCUUUACCUUUGCUAGCUAAUUAGCUCGUCUCACUACAUUCGCUCCUUGGACUGGAUGGGAAAAGCCGUGCCUAAAGUGCGUUAUCCAUUAUGUCCCGCCUUCAACACGACAUCGUUGCCUGAUUUCAUGCCUUUCUAGAGCCAGUCCGCCUCUCUUCAUCCUGCGUCCUUUUCCGAGAGGAGAACAAACCCAGCGACUCUUUUUGAUCUGCCGCCUAUCUCAUGUUAAUGUCGACCGACGUUGCUUCUCUAAUGCUGCCCGUGAGUCGGGGGAUGAUGGACCGGGACAUGGACGCCGCGGCCGGAGGUCCGGCGGCGGUCCGGGGGAUGAAGCGAGGCGACCCGGAACCCGACGCUCACGCAGCGGCUGUCCUGACCGACCUGACCGGGGCGGAGUGCAAGAGACCGAGGAUAGACGGCACCGGCGACAUUGGCCAGAACAAUGAGCCCUUAAAUCCCGGUUUCCAUGGAUACCCACCUCACAGUCAGGGGUCUCAGGAUUCAACAGGAGCACAGGAUGGUUUGGUGGCCCAGCCUUUCGCAGCGUUCCCUCCUCCACCGCCUCCCCAGAACGGGAUAGCGGGGACAGACUUCGUCCCUGGGGCCAUGUUUGUUGCCGGGGGUCAAGGCACAGCUGAGGCCAAGCCUGAGGAGACAUCCCAGGGAGAGGUGGGCUUGCAGUGCGUGACCGGGGGAACCUCGGCCGGUUCUGGAGCCGACUCACCAGAGGCCAAAGGGGCCCCCAAACGCCUCCACGUUUCAAACAUCCCCUUCCGCUUCCGUGACCCUGAUUUAAGGCAGAUGUUUGGGCAAUAUGGCAAGAUUCUGGAUGUAGAAAUUAUUUUCAAUGAGAGGGGAUCAAAGGGUUUUGGCUUUGUGACGUUUGAGACCAGCGCGGAGGCAGAGAGAGCCAGGGAAAAGCUCCAUGGCACUUUGGUGGAAGGUCGUAAGAUUGAGGUGAAUAACGCCACUGCCAGGGUGAUGACUAACAAGAAAAUGGUCAGUCCCUACCCUAAUGGAGAGGCUCUGAGUACGCUGCCCUACGCAGGGUGGAAACUGAGCCCUAUGGUCGGGGCCGUGUACGGACCUGAGCUCUAUGCAGUCCCGGGGUUCCCCUACCCUUCAGCGGCAGCAGCGGCCACCACGGCAGCAGCCGCGGCUGCCUUCCGCGGCGCUCACCUGCGGGGGCGUGGGCGGCCCGUCUACAGCGCCGUGCGAGCGGCUGUUCCUCAGCCCGCCAUCCCCACCUACCCCGGUGUGGUGUAUCAGGAUGGGUUUUACGGCGCUGCAGACUUAUAUGGGGGCUAUCCUGCUGCUGCCGCCGCCGCCGCCGCUGCUGCCUAUCGCUAUGCUCAACCCGCGGCCGUAACCGGAGCAACCGCCGCAGCUGCUGCAUACAGUGACAGUUACGGACGUGUUUACACGGCAGACCCGUACCACGCUCUAACCCCCGCUGCUGCUGCCGCCUACGGUGUGGGAGCCAUGGCCAGUCUAUACCGAGCGGGCUACAGCAGGUUCGCUCCAUACUAACACCACAGAUGACAUCCAGGAAGUUCACAUCUCUCCACAAGCCUUUUUCAAGCUCUUUGUUUGGCAGACGCACCCUUUUUAUCUUCUGUGAUGUCGGACUCCCCCUCCUUUUUGUCCUCGUCUCAUUGCCACACCACCACCUCUUUGUCCGUCUGCACGACGAGGAUCCCGGGUGCGGCCCGCACAAACACUACAAGGUCUGCCAGGAGAGAGACUGUUCCCGCCGGAUCUUCCUACACUACAAAGUCCACAUCCUCGCUCGAUCCGCCCUCAAGCCGCUGGAGGACGCUGCUUAUGGCGCAGUGGUGCGUUCAGGAACCAAAACUGUUUAAAAAAAAAGAAAAAAGAAAAAAAAAUUGUAGGAAUUGUUAUUUUUUAUUCGGGAGCGUCAGACUGACAGGAACCACUAUUGUCUCAGUCGCUACCAAAAACAAGGGAAAAAAGUCACCCAUGUUGUUCCCCCUACUUGACCUCAGUUUUAUGUCUGCCUUACUUAUCAAACUACCUUAGUUUCUGCUCCACUUAUCAAACUACCUUAGUUUCUGCUCCACUUAUCAAACUACCUUAGUUUCUGCUCCACUUAGCCACCACACCCUCAAUAAGGACUUAUCAAACUAUCUUAGUUUCUGCUCCACUCAGCCACCACACCCUCAAUAAGGACUUAUCAAACUACCUUAGUUUCUGCUCCACUCAGCCACCACACCCUCAAUAAGGACUUAUCAAACUACCUUAGUUUCUGCUCCACUCAGCCACCACACCCUCAAUAAGGACUUAUCAAACUACCUUAGUUUCUGCUCCACUUAGCCACCACACCCUCAAUAAGGACUUACCAAACUACCUUAGUUUCUGCUCCACUUAGCCACCACACCCUCAAUAAGGACUUACCAAACUACCUUAGUUUCUGCUCCACUUAGCCACCACACCCUCAAUAAGGACUUAUCAAACUACCUUAGUUUCUGCUCCACUUAGCCACCACACCCUCAAUAAGGACUUAUCAAACUACCUUAGUUUCUGCUCCACUUAGCCACCACACCCUCAAUAAGGACUUAUCAAACUACCUUAGUUUCUGCUCCACUUAGCCACCACACCCUCAAUAAGGACUUCUGUUCAUCCAGCUCCAGCAGCACAGCGCCAUCUUGUGAGGCCUGACAGACACAACAUGAAGGUAGUGCACUCACACAUCCAGGUAGUGCACUCUCACAUCCAGGUAGUGCACUCUGACAUCCAGGUAGUGCACUCUGACAUGCAGGUAGUGCACUCUGACAUGCAGGUAGUGCACUCUGACAUCCAGGUAGUGCACUCUGACAUGCAGGUAGUGCACUCACACACAUGUAGGUAGUGCACUCACACACUGCUGACAUCCAGGUAGUGCACUCACACACAUGUAGGUAGUGCACUCACACACUGCUGACAUCCAGGUAGUGCACUCACACACAUGUAGGUAGUGCACUCACACACUGCUGACAUGGAGGUAGUGCACUCUCACAUCCAGGUAGUGCACUCACACACAUGCAGGUAGUGCACUCUGACAUGCAGGUAGUGCACUCUCACACUGCUGACAUCCAGGUAGUGCACUCUGACAUGCAGGUAGUGCACUCUCACAUCCAGGUAGUGCACUCUGACAUGCAGGUAGUGCACUCUCACAUCCAGGUAGUGCACUCUGACAUGCAGGUAGUGCACUCUGACAUCCAGGUAGUGCACUCUGACAUGCAGGUAGUGCACUCACACACAUGUAGGUAGUGCACUCACACACUGCUGACAUCCAGGUAGUGCACUCACACACAUGUAGGUAGUGCCCUCACACACUGCUGACAUGGAGGUAGUGCACUCUCACAUCCAGGUAGUGCACUCACACACAUGCAGGUAGUGCACUCUGACAUCCAGGUAGUGCACUCUGACAUGCAGGUAGUGCACUCACACACUGCUGACAUCCAGGUAGUGCCCUCACACAUUGCUGACAUGCAGGUAGUGCCCUCACACACUGCUGACAUCCAGGUAGUGCACUCACACACAUGAAGGUAGUGCACUCACACACUGCAGAAAUGCAGGUAGUGCCCUCACACACUGCUGACAUGCAGUUAGUGCCCUCACACACUGCUGACAUGCAGUUAGUGCCCUCACACACUGCAGACAUGCAGUUAGUGCCCUCACACACAUGCAGUUAGUGCCCUCACACACUGCUGACAUGCAGUUAGUGCCCUCACACACUGCUGACAUGCAGUUAGUGCCCUCACACACUGCAGACAUGCAGUUAGUGCCCUCACACACAUGCAGUUGGUGCCCUCACACACAUGCAGUUAGUGCCCUCACACACAUGCAGUUAGUGCCCUCACACACAGCUGACAUGCAGUUAGUGCCCUCACACGCUGCUGACAUGCAGUUAGUGCACUCACACACAUGCAGUUAGUGCCCUCACACACUGCUGACAUGCAGUUAGUGCCCUCACACACAUGCAGUUAGUGCCCUCACACACAGCUGACAUGCAGUUAGUGCACUCACACACUGCUGACAUGCAGUUAGUGCCCUCACACACAUGCAGUUAGUGCCCUCACACACAUGCAGGUAGUGCCCUCACACACAUGCAGUUAGUGCCCUCACACACAUGCAGUUAGUGCCCUCACACACAUGCAGUUAGUGCCCUCACACACAUGCAGUUAGUGCCCUCACACACAUGCAGUUAGUGCCCUCACACACAUGCAGUUAGUGCCCUCACACACAUGCAGUUAGUGCCCUCACACACAUGCAGGUAGUGCCCUCACACACAUGCAGUUAGUGCCCUCACACACAUGCAGUUAGUGCCCUCACACACAUGCAGUUAGUGCCAUCACACACAUGCAGUUAGUGCCCUCACACACAUGCAGUUAGUGCCCUCACACACAUGCAGUUAGUGCCCUCACACACAUGCAGUUAGUGCCCUCACACACAUGCAGUUAGUGCCCUCACACACAUGCAGUUAGUGCCCUCACACACAUGCAGUUAGUGCCCUCACACACAUGCAGUUAGUGCCCUCACACACAUGCAGUUAGUGCCCUCACACACAUGCAGUUAGUGCCCUCACACACAUGCAGUUAGUGCCCUCACACACAUGCAGUUAGUGCCCUCACACACAUGCAGUUAGUGCCCUCACACACAUGCAGGUAGUGCCCUCACACACAUGCAGGUAGUGCCCUCACACACAUGCAGUUAGUGCCCUCACACACAUGCAGUUAGUGCCCUCACACACAUGCAGUUAGUGCCCUCACACACAUGCAGUUAGUGCCAUCACACACAUGCAGUUAGUGCCCUCACACACAUGCAGUUAGUGCCCUCACACACAUGCAGUUAGUGCCCUCACACACAUGCAGUUAGUGCCCUCACACACAUGCAGUUAGUGCCCUCACACACAUGCAGUUAGUGCCCUCACACACAUGCAGUUAGUGCCCUCACACACAUGCAGUUAGUGCCCUCACACACAUGCAGUUAGUGCCCUCACACACAUGCAGGUAGUGCCCUCACACACAUGCAGGUAGUGCCCUCACACACAUGCAGUUAGUGCCCUCACACACAUGCAGUUAGUGCCCUCACACACAUGCAGUUAGUGCCCUCACACACAUGCAGUUAGUGCCCUCACACACAUGCAGGUAGUGCCCUCACACACAUGCAGUUAGUGCCCUCACACACAUGCAGUUAGUGCCCUCACACACAUGCAGUUAGUGCCCUCACACACAUGCAGUUAGUGCCCUCACACACAUGCAGUUAGUGCCCUCACACACAUGCAGUUAGUGCCCUCACACACAUGCAGUUAGUGCCCUCACACACAUGCAGGUAGUGCCCUCACACACAUGCAGUUAGUGCCCUCACACACAUGCAGUUAGUGCCCUCACACACAUGCAGUUAGUGCCCUCACACACAUGCAGGUAGUGCCCUCACACACAUGCAGUUAGUGCCCUCACACACAUGCAGUUAGUGCCCUCACACACAUGCAGUUAGUGCCCUCACACACAUGCAGUUAGUGCCCUCACACACAUGCAGUUAGUGCCCUCACACACAUGCAGUUAGUGCCCUCACACACAUGCAGGUAGUGCCCUCACACACAUGCAGGUAGUGCCCUCACACACAUGCAGUUAGUGCCCUCACACACAUGCAGUUAGUGCCCUCACACACAUGCAGUUAGUGCCCUCACACACAUGCAGUUAGUGCCAUCACACACAUGCAGUUAGUGCCCUCACACACAUGCAGUUAGUGCCCUCACACACAUGCAGUUAGUGCCCUCACACACAUGCAGUUAGUGCCCUCACACACAUGCAGUUAGUGCCCUCACACACAUGCAGUUAGUGCCCUCACACACAUGCAGUUAGUGCCCUCACACACAUGCAGUUAGUGCCCUCACACACAUGCAGUUAGUGCCCUCACACACAUGCAGGUAGUGCCCUCACACACAUGCAGGUAGUGCCCUCACACACAUGCAGUUAGUGCCCUCACACACAUGCAGUUAGUGCCCUCACACACAUGCAGUUAGUGCCCUCACACACAUGCAGUUAGUGCCCUCACACACAUGCAGGUAGUGCCCUCACACACAUGCAGUUAGUGCCCUCACACACAUGCAGUUAGUGCCCUCACACACAUGCAGUUAGUGCCCUCACACACAUGCAGUUAGUGCCCUCACACACAUGCAGUUAGUGCCCUCACACACAUGCAGUUAGUGCCCUCACACACAUGCAGUUAGUGCCCUCACACACAUGCAGGUAGUGCCCUCACACACAUGCAGUUAGUGCCCUCACACACAUGCAGUUAGUGCCCUCACACACAUGCAGUUAGUGCCCUCACACACAUGCAGGUAGUGCCCUCACACACAUGCAGUUAGUGCCCUCACACACAUGCAGUUAGUGCCCUCACACACAUGCAGUUAGUGCCCUCACACACAUGCAGUUAGUGCCCUCACACACAUGCAGUUAGUGCCCUCACACACAUGCAGUUAGUGCCCUCACACACAUGCAGUUAGUGCCCUCACACACAUGCAGUUAGUGCCCUCACACACAUGCAGGUAGUGCCCUCACACACAUGCAGUUAGUGCCCUCACACACAGCUGCUCAUAGUUUCCACCUCCUAUAAUUUUGUUCUUGCUGUUUGGUUCCAAAGAUUUUUUGUUGUUGUUUGUUUUUUUCUGAAAAAGCACAUUUUUUAGACUGGAUGUAUUUCUGUGUUUUCAAAGUCUAUAUUCUGUGUGUUGAAGUCAUUUCAAGAGGAAACCUGCCAACCAGGAAGUCACGUGACUUUGGUCCAUUUUUUUGUUGAAAAGCGGGGAAAAUGGCGACGGGUGCAUUUUGGAGUGGCCUGCUAAAAAAGGCGUAAUAUUGUGGCGGGACGAUGGCGCUCUUGUACGAUGCUGUGCAGUAGCUCUUUUUCUUCUUCUUACUUCUUACAAGUGUUACCACCAGUGUUGCUAUGCAUGCUUUACCUGAGCGGGUGUUGCAACCUUUUCCUUUUCCUGCAUGACUUCAAGUCCCUGUGCUGGAAGGCCACGCGGUGGCGGGGGGGACAAAAAAGAAGUGAAAUUUGAUGUGCCUCUGCGGUCGUCAUGGUGAUCACAAGUGCUAUCAGAUAGGUGGAAAGUUGUUAUUUAAAGAAUGAAGGUGACCUCUGACCCCUGCACCGCGCUGACGUCACGCUGAACAGGGACGAAGUAAUUUGCAUGUGGCCUCUUUUCUGUAUCACGCUGUUGAAAGUGGCCUUUCUUUUCACCAUGUACACGCUUUCUUUUGCCAUCCUUGUAUCUGUUAUUAUUCAAUGUAUAUAAUAAACUCUUUGGUUUUUACACAA